CAAAAUAAAAAUUGCUGCUCCAACACGACGUCGUACGGAUCAAACACACUGUAUAUAAAGCGCAUAGGCACUAGGGUUUUAGUUUCAGUUUACACUCUUGAGGAGCCGCCGUCUCUCUGAAGAUCAAGAUCUAGCAGCAGAAUCAAAAGGAAAUGGCUCCGGCACAGCCCAAGACUGGGCUCUUCGUCGGAUUGAACAAGGGACACGUCACCACCAAGCGUGAAUUGGCUCCUCGCCCUUCUGACAGAAAAGGGAAAACGAGCAAGAGGGUCCACUUUGUGAGGAACCUGAUCAGGGAAGUUGCUGGGUUUGCUCCAUAUGAGAAGAGGAUCACUGAGCUCUUGAAGGUCGGUAAGGACAAGCGUGCUCUUAAGGUCGCCAAGAGGAAGUUGGGUACCCACAAGAGGGCCAAGAAGAAGAGAGAGGAGAUGUCCAAUGUUCUUCGCAAGAUGAGGUCUGGUGGUGGCGCCACUGAGAAAAAGAAGUGAGCUAGUCGUUAAAGCUUAUGGAGAUUUUAAUUUUGAACUGUAGUUGUCUUGCAGUGGAUAUUUGGUGAAGUAAUGUUAGACCAUUGUAAGGACAAUGUAAUUUUUAUUGCUGUUUUAGACCGUUUGGUUUUUUAUGCAGAGGAUAUUUGUUCUAGUCUUA